AUGGCGCAGCAAGGAGCUCAGCUGGACGGAGCAAAAUUCUGCUGUUCGAUCUGUUUGGAUCUACUGAAAGAUCCGGUGACUAUUCCCUGUGGACACAGCUACUGCAUGAGCUGUAUUAAAGGUUUCUGGGAUGAAGAGGAUGAGAAGAAAAUCUACAGCUGCCCUCAGUGCAGACAGACCUUCACACCGAGGCCUGUCCUGGUGAAAAACACCUUGGUAGCAGAUUUAAUGGAGGAGCUGAAGAAGACUGGACUCCAAGCUGCUCCUGCUGAUCACUGCUAUGCUGGACCUGAAGAUGUGGAUAAACAUAAAGGCCACGACACAGUCUCAGCUGCAGCAGAAAGGACUGAGAGGCAGAGAGAGCUCGAGGUGAGUCGACAAAACAUCCAGCAGAGAAUCCAGGACAGAGAGAAAGAUGUGAAGCUGCUUCAACAGGAGGUGGAGGCCGUCAGUCGCUCUGCUGAUAAAGCAGUGGAGGACAGUGAGAAGAUCUUCACUGAGCUGAUCCGUCUCAUCCAGAAAAGAAGCUCUGAUGUGAAGCAGCAGAUCAGAUCCCAGCAGGAAACUGAAGUGAGUCGAGUCAAAGAGCUUCAGGAGGAGCUGGAGCAGGAGAUCACUGAGCUGAAGAGGAAAGACGCUGAACUGAAGCAGCUCUCACACACAGAGGAUCACAACCAGUUUCUACACAACUACCCCUCACUGUCACAACUCAGUGAACCUACAGACUCAUCCAGCAUCAAUAUCCGUCCUCUGAGAUACUUUGAGGAUGUGACAGCAGCUGUGUCAGAGCUCAGAGAUCAACUACAGGACAUCCUGAGGGAGAAAUGGACAAACAUCUCACUGACAGGGACUGAUGUGGAUGUUUUACUGUCACAACCAGAACCAGAACCCAAGACCAGAGCUGAGUUCUUAAAAUAUUCACGUGAAAUCACACUGGAUCCAAACACAGCAAACACAUGGCUGUUAUUAUCUGGUGGGAACAGAAAAGCAACAUUAGAGGAAGAAGAACAGUCUUAUUCUAGUCACCCAGACAGAUUCACUGGAUGGUAUCAGGUCCUGAGUAGAGAGAGUCUGACUAGACGUUAUUACUGGGAGGUGGAGUGGAGCGGGUCAGGAGUUUAUGUAGCAGUUGCAUACAAGAAUGUCAGCAGAGCAGGAGGCUCAGAUGAAUUUGGAUUUGGACACAAUGACAAAUCUUGGGCUUUAGAUUGUUCCACUGACAGUUAUACAUUUUUGUUCAAUGAUGUCGAAACUCCUGUCUCAGGUCCUGGUUCCUCCAGAGUAGGAGUGUACCUGGAUCACAGAGCAGGUAUUCUGUCCUUCUACAGCAUCUCUGAAACCAUGACUCUCCUCCACAGAGUCCAGACCACAUUCACUCAGCCUCUCUAUGCUGGACUACGUUUUUAUUCUUUAUUCUCUUACGGGGACACUGCUGAGUUCUGCAAACUCAAAUAGACAGAAGUCAUUUAAGGGACAGUCGGUUAAAUUCUGAGUUCAUUCUUAAAAUGAUUUUGUCUCUGUCAUUGUUGCUGAGAGCUCGUUGCUGCAGUGUUUCUGCACAGAGAUCAGCUGUCAAUCAAACAUUAUGGUCAACUUUGACAUCUUCUCAUCUGUUGUUAUGUAAAUAUUUGAGUUUCUUUAGUUGCUGCUCUUUCUUGUGUCUGUUUCACCAUGGAGGCUUUCACUGAUCAUGAUGAUUUUGUUUUAUACACAAACUUGCAUUUCUCAACUCUGCUCUUGUUUCUCUUCUACUUCAUCAGUCUGAACAGAGAAAGAACCACAACUUCCUUUAUCAAUAGAUAUUUUACUCUCACCACUUUGUAAAUCUGUCAAGAAAUUUACAUUCACAUUGAUACAUUUGGUCAUGUACAAAUCAGGUAUUAUAAAGUAUUAUAAUACUUGAAUUAUUGUGAUAAUAAUCAAUAAGGAGAUCAUUUAUUAUGUUGUUGUACAUAGCUGACAUUCUGGGUUAAACUAACUGAUUGUGUGGAUGAAGUGAAUCUGA